AUGAGUAAAAAUUUGAGAGACGUGAACAAGGAAGUUGUUGAAGCACUAGGCUUUGAUGAUGGUUUCAAAAUCCCUGUUGCCAAUGAAGAAAAUCGAAAACUUGAAAACAUUUACCUUGACCUUCAAAACCAAGUAACAGUACUAAGAUCAGAAUUUAAUGAGCAAAAUGACAGGUUGGUUGACAUGCAGACCCACUACAAAAAUGUCAAAAAUGAAAUUUCUAACUGCCAGGCAUUGUUGCAGGCAAAAUCAAAUGAAUUAAACACAGAAAGUCAUUUCUCAAAAUUAAACGAAAGAGAAGUUGGCAAACUGCAGCAAGAAAUAACGAAACUUGAAAAGCAACUGAAAGACAUUAAGGAUAAGAAAAAUAUUUUAGAGGUAAUGAAAUUUUAUUUUAGAGUAUGA